ACCUUGUGUUAAAAUCGCAUAAAGAAGAAACCUUUAUGUUGGUCUGGUGUGGUUCGUGCUCAGAAACUUGGAAAUUAUCAACGUUUGAUCGAUUUAAAGUUCCUUUUGAAGUUGAUAGUGGGCACAGUUGGUGUCCAUGGCCUCCUACACCUGCAUCAGCUGCCGAGUGACCUUUGCCGAUGGCGAGGUCCAGCGGGCGCACUACAAAACCGACUGGCACCGGUACAACCUGAAGCGGAAAGUGGCCGACAUGCCGCCCGUCACCGCCGAGAACUUCCAGGAGCGGGUCCUGCUGCAGAGGGCUGUCGCCGAGCAGCAGCUGAGCGAGUCCACCGCCACAGAGGUCUGCGGCGUCUGCAACAAGAGGUUCUCCAGCGCAAACGCUCACCAGAACCACCUGCAGUCCCACAAGCACCAGCAGGCGGAGAAGCAGGCCCUGCUCGCCGCCCAGAGGAAGGUGGAGAAGAUGAACGAGAAGAACCUGGAGAAGGGGCUCGGCGAGGAGAAGGUGGAUCACGACACGAGGAACCAGGCGCUGCAGCAGGCCCUCAAAGAGCAGCAGAGGCCCAGUCCCGCCAAGCAGACGGGGGGCCAGCCGUCCCAAGGAGCCUCCAAGCGGAGAGCGGAGCGGUGUGAGCAGCCGCCCAGGAGCCUGUGGCUGGAGGAGCAGGUGAAGAGGAGAGACAGGGAGGAAGGAGCACCAGCUGAGGAGGAGGAGUGGGAGGACAUGGAGGAGGAGGAGGAAGACAUGGACGAAGAUGAAGAGGAAGCGGCGGAUCAGAAGGAAGGUGACUCUGUGGAUCCAUCAGGCUCCGCCCCCCUGCCUGGCUCCCUCCCCGUCACCGACUGCCUGUUCUGCCCGCACCACUCCAAGUCUCUCCUGAAGAACGUGGCCCACAUGACCAAAGUCCACGGCUUCUUCCUCCCGGACGUGGAGUUCCUGGUGGACCUCAGGGGCCUCAUCCGGUACCUGGGAGAGAAGGUUGGCGCCGGGAACGUGUGUUUGUGGUGCAACGAGAAGGGCCGCUCGUUCUACUCCACAGAAGCCGUUCAGAGUCACAUGACCGACAAAAGCCACUGCAAGCUCUUCACAGACGGAGACGCCGCGCUGGAGUUCGCAGACUUCUACGACUUCAGGAGCAGCUACCCUGACAGGAAGGAGGGAGAGGAGGAGGAGGAGGCGGAGGAAGAGCUGCCUGAUGACGGGAACCUGGAGUACGAUGAGGACACGCUGGAGCUGACUCUCCCAUCAGGUGCAAAGGUCGGCCACCGCUCCCUCGUGAGGUACUACAAGCAGCGCUUUGGGACGCAGCGAGCGCUGGUUCUGACCCACAACACCAAGGCGGUGGGCAGAGUCCUCCGGCAAUACAAGGCGCUGGGCUGGGGAGGCGACGCAGGCAGCAGCUCUGCUCUUCAGAGGCAAAGAGACAUGCAGUUUGUCCAGAGGAUGAAGUCCAGGUGGAUGCUGAAGAUGGGGAUGAGCAACAACGCCAACCUGCAGAAGCACUUCAGAGCCCAAGUCAUGUUCUAAAAGGCGACCCGAGCGGAACCAGCAGGACUCUGAACGGGCCUCCACGCUGAGGUUUGAGUCGACCGCUGAAGGUCUCACGUGAUCGGGACAUGGCUAACGUGUGAUCUACCACCAGCUUUAAUGUCAUCUGUGGUCAAAAUCAGAUUUCUGAAGCCCACAGCUCCACUUCUGUUGCUCCCCAAAACCCAUCAGAACUGGAGUUCUUCAGAAACCGGGCUUCCUCCUUUCAACCCAGUUUUCGCUUUGAUUUGUCUGCAUGAUUCCAAAACCUCACGCUGUACAAACUCCAGUUUGCUUCACUGAAUAAAAAAUGCAAUAAAGGAAAGAAUUUAGGAAAAAUCAGCUGAAUUUCUAAAGCAAGACACCUGCAGAGGAGAGGGCGGAGCCUGGAGGACAGCGGGGAGGUUUGUGGUCGUGGUUUCCUUUAAGUCUAGGUUCAGGUCUGCUGACGUUCAGGGGGCUCAGAUCCGAGUCCCAGACUCUGGUCGGUGUUCAGUUGGGUGUAUUGAUGAAUCAACUUGAUCUAUGGAUCGAUUUAUAUUCCUAUGACCAGAUCCAUCAGUCUGAGGGAAGCUGUGAAUUGAUCUAUACCAAUCAUUUUAAAAUGAAAAAUUCCAUUAUAUUGAUUAUGGAAAAUACCAUUUGGAUUGAGACUUGAUGGUUUAUUUUACUAUAAUGUAAAACUGACCUGACACAGCAGACAGGCCAGCGUGAGACGAUCCGUCCAUCAUUAAAGUCCAGUGUGUGGAAACACAAAGUCAUGUGACCACACCGUGUGAUAAUGUCUAAUAAUGUUCCCUUUGGAUUAUUGUGAUGUGGAAAAACAACAGCGGGCUGAACUUCAGGAAACUAAGAUGUGGAUGGAUACGACAUUCAUCCUUUUUUACUUGUCUGUUUGUUCACAUAUUUAAUUUACUUUGAUUCUGUUGCAUGAAAUCGGAUGAAUCUGGAAAAGUUCACCUUCUCUGUUUGUGAUUCAGGUAUUUCUGAGUCAGACUGGUUGAAGUUUUGGUUAAAGAUCUCUUAAAUUAGUUUCCAGUCGGUGAAUCGGCUCGUUCUAAAAGAAAUCGGAACCAUAUCAGCUGACUUUGACUAUGAAAACUUUUAUUUUUAUUAAACUAUUGCUCACAUCUCACCGUAAAGCUUCUGUAAAUGUUUUUCCAUCGUCGUUCUUUGGCCUCUGUCCUUGGUGCUGCAGUGACGUGGACCUCUUUAGUUUUCUUCUUCUCGUCUGGUGAACGUCGGGCCUCAGUGAGUCUGACUCUCAGAGGUGAUGUCAUGGAAACUGAUGGUCCUCGGGCAGGAAGCCGACCCACCGCACCGCCACAUUAGCGAGCUCAGUUACUCCCAUUUGUUUGUGGUCCUCCACUUUAUCUUUGGCAGCCUGUCCGCUUCCUGUUUGCAGGCCCAGAGUGUGUUUGCGGCGCGAUGGUUUCAGAGGUUUAGGGCACGCCGCUGUAGGACGGCGUCAACAGGAAGAGCGGAGCAGGAGGGGCGGCGCAGACAGGCCGACGGCGAGGACACUAAUUGAUGAGGACGAGGGAUGGCUGGGAGGCAUUAGCGCCGUGGAGGUCAGGCAGGAGGCGGAGUGAUGCUGGAGCCGGGUCGGUCCUGUUCUCACCCAGCCUUUAACCUACGGCCUUCGUGUCUUUGUCUCCGUUUCUGCUCGUCCUCAGAGUCCAAAGGCCGGUAUAGAAAAUGGGGUCACUGCAGCACUUUGAGAGGAAGUUUUUUUUCUGAAAAAGAGCAUCAUGGUCCUCAGAAUCCCAACUAUUCCUUAGUAAAUUCAUUUUUGGAUGUCAUUCUGUCGUGCAAGGACCAGAUGGUUUCCUCUAUUUCACUGCACCUUUGAGUCCAAAUUUCCCAAAGAUGCUCAAAAGCUCAUCUAAAUUUGCAUGCGCUUAGUAACCAGGGAAAAGGAAUUCUGGGUAAAGGAAACGACAAGAAAAAAGAGAUGACAGCAGAUAAAACUGACCAGAAAGGAAUGGAGCCAAAAUCUCAUAAAGCUAAAAACUCGACUAAUAAAACCAAAACACGUGUCGGGAUAUCUAAAAGAAGUUUUAAUAUUAUUAUGGGAUGGCCACGGAACCCAAAGCUUGUGUGGCAAAGAGUGAAAUUUGACAUUUUUCCACAAAUUGGGAAACAAACUUCUGUUUGAGAAAUUUCACACACCAAGUUACGUCCACAACCAUAACCGAAUUAGCGUUGACCUUUGACCUCAGCUGCCAUGUUGACAAAAAAAACAAACACCUUUAGUACCAGCAACAGGAUGAAACUCCUCCUAGGGGUUUUGAUCCAUCUCCUUCUGCCUCCUUCAGCUUCAUUUAGAAGCUACCUGGAUAAAAAAUUCUGGGUUUAGAAGUUGUAGACUUUGAACGGCGUUAGCAUGGCGAGCUGGAAAAAAGGCUUUUUGGGUAAGAUUGAAAUUGUGACGUAGCAGUGGCGUUUCCCUGUUGCCCACACAUUUUUGUUCUGGAAUCUUGUGAAAAUGUAACACAUGAAUCCUUGGCUCGAGCUGAAUGAAAUUAAAUAUGAUAUGAAAGUA